AGGAAGGGCUGGGCUGGGCCAGAGCCUGCCUGGCUGGGACCCCAGCACAGGGCCCUGAGCCAGGGAGGGAGCAGCCCUGGCGCCCGUUCCCGCCCAGCCGGGAGCACAGGAGUUAAGGUGCUGGCGGCUCCGGCUCAUGGCGGCAGGAACAGGGUGGUGCUGGUGCUGGCUCCUGGCGAGGCCGGGAUGACGCCCGGGAGGCCGCGGAGCUCAUUGGUACGGGGCCGUGAGUCACCGCGGAAGCACCGCGCCGCAGGUGUCCGCACCCGGCACGGCAGCUCGGGCACGGCCAGCGGCGCCGGGGACGGCCCUGGCACCAUGGUGCUGAGGGCACAGGGUCACGUGCCCAGUGACCUGACCCCAGAGGAGUGCCAGGAGCUGGAGAACAUCCGCCGCCGAAAGCAGGAGCUGCUGGCUGACAUACAGCGGCUGAAGGAUGAGAUAGCAGAAGUGACGAAUGAGAUCGAGAACCUGGGCUCCACGGAGGAGAGGAAAAACAUGCAGAGGAACAAGCAGGUGGCCAUGGGCAGGAAGAAGUUCAACAUGGAUCCCAAGAAGGGCAUCCAGUUCCUGAUUGAGAACGACCUGCUGAAGAACACGUGCGAGGAUAUUGCACAGUUCCUGUACAAGGGAGAGGGCCUCAACAAGACAGCCAUCGGCGACUACCUGGGCGAGAGGGAUGAGUUCAACAUCCAAGUCCUGCAUGCCUUUGUGGAGCUGCAUGAAUUCACUGACCUCAACCUUGUGCAGGCCCUGCGGCAGUUCCUGUGGAGCUUCCGGCUGCCAGGGGAGGCACAGAAGAUUGACCGGAUGAUGGAGGCCUUUGCCCAGCGGUACUGCCAGUGCAACCCUGGUGUCUUCCAGUCCACAGACACCUGCUACGUGCUGUCCUUUGCCAUCAUCAUGCUGAACACGAGCCUGCACAAUCCCAACGUGAAGGACAAGCCCACGGCAGAGCGAUUCAUCGCCAUGAACCGCGGCAUCAAUGACGGGGGGGACCUGCCUGAGGAGCUGCUCCAGAAUCUAUACGAGAGCAUCAAGAAUGAGCCCUUCAAAAUCCCUGAGGAUGACGGCAAUGACCUCACCCACACCUUCUUCAACCCCGACCGGGAGGGCUGGCUCCUGAAGCUCGGAGGCAGGGUGAAGACGUGGAAGCGGCGCUGGUUCAUCCUGACGGACAACUGCCUUUACUACUUCGAGUACACAACGGAUAAGGAGCCCCGUGGCAUCAUCCCCCUGGAGAACCUGAGCAUCCGUGAGGUGGAGGACUCAAAGAAGCCUAACUGCUUUGAGCUCUACAUCCCUGACAACAAGGACCAGGUGAUCAAGGCCUGCAAGACAGAGGCAGAUGGGCGUGUGGUGGAGGGGAACCACACCGUGUAUCGCAUCUCUGCCCCCACGCCCGAGGAGAAGGAGGAGUGGAUCAAGUGCAUCAAGGCAGCCAUCAGCCGGGACCCCUUCUACGAGAUGCUGGCUGCCAGGAAGAAGAAGGUCUCCUCCACCAAGAGGCACUAGCAGCCAGACUGGCCCUGCAAGGCCAGCCCAAGUGUUCCCUGUCAUGGGGGCAUGUGGGGUGGGGGCCACGCUGCACGCUGGCCCUUGAGGCCCAGGGCCCAGCUUCAGCUUAGCCAUUUCUUAACUCUGGGGGGAGGGAAGGGGCACGGGCAUCUCAGUGACUCUGCCCCCAUCACUGCCUCAUCACCUGACAGCGUCCUCGCAGGCUCAGGUUGGAACACAGCACCCCUGGGAGCCCUGGCCUCAGCACCACGGGCACCCUCCCUGCCUCUGACCCCCAGCAAGCCAUGGCCACAUGGCACUGGGUCCCCCAGCACCCAUGUUCAGACGCUUUUGGGGUGUUGGGCAGGAGGGUGAGCAGCUGUUGGUGAGCAGCUGGGGGUUUUGGGGUGCCACAGGUGCUGGGGUGCAGGUGUCAGCCCAGGGGGGCCCUGCAGAGAUACAGCUCCUGGCCCUCGUUGUAGCGGGCCUGGGUCUGUCCUGGGUGUCCCCACGCUGCUGCCUUGGACCCUCCCAGCCACCCCUGCACUGGAGUGGUCCCCAGACACAGGAGGGACGAAGGGCAGGGACUGGUGACGAGCAGUGGUGCCACGCAGGGCAGGGAUGUGCCCUCACCCAGCUAUGGGAGCCGUGGCUCGGAUGUGGCAGCGUUCGGUGGCAGUGGCCCAGCACAUCCCUGUGCCAUGGCCCGUGUGCCAGGGUGCCAUGGUGCCGUGGUGGAGCCUGCCCUCGGGAUGGCUGCUGCUGGGCUCUGGCUGGGUGGGGCUGUGGCCCCAGCUCUCUCUCUGCCUCACAAUCGCCUGUGUCUUGUCCUGUCCCAUCCCCACGCACGGUCUGGAGGCGCCUGGAUCAGUAUUAGUCUAUUUAUCAGAGGUGUAAAUACUCCUGUAUAGUUUUCUCCUUGUAGAUUAUUUUGUAUGUGGGUGGUUCAGUGCAGAGGCCUCACAGGAGUGGGGCGGGUGGGCAGGAUUUUUUAUUCUAACCUAUUUUUUUUCUUUUUUUUUUAAUUUGCCAUUACCAUAAACUAGUGCUGAAGAUCAGCAACAAAUAAAUACUUGC